UUAUUCUCAGCCCCGUGACCCGCCUGAAGAGCCAAAAACUAAAAACAACAAACCGACCAAGCAAAUACUUUCUCUUAGUCGAGGCAACAAACCCGAAACCAAAUGCCCUCUGACUCAGAUUACUAAUCAUAUUGAUACUGAUGGCGGAGAUGGAGAUGGGUCGGAUGGACGGACGUGUACCAACGUCCGUACAAGUGUGGAGAGGAAUAAUUAACUGGGUAGCGUUUUUGUUUCAGAUUUUUCUUCAGAUCCUUAAAGGCACGCCUUCGUUUGUCUCUUAUAUAGUUGGUCUUAGAAGUAGACGCGUGUCACUUUUUGUUCCUUCUCCUUUUAAGCCCUUGCCUGUCGUUGAAGUUGAACUCCCUGUUCAAGAGUCUUCAGUGGCCCCUACUCACGUGGCUUCCGUUCACGAUAGUGGCGGUGAUGAUGCUGGUGGUGGCGAUUACGCAAUAGAGAAGCUCACUGUGGUUCUUGACUUGGACGAGACUCUAGUAUGUGCAUAUGAGACAUCUAGCUUGCCAGCCAUUAUUCAUACUCAAGCAACUGAAGCUGGGUUGAAGUGGUUUGAAUUGGAAUGUGUGUCUCACGAUUUGAAGGAUUAUGAUGGAAAACCAAAAAUCAAUUAUGUUACGGUGUUUGAACGACCUGGUUUGCAUGAGUUCUUAAAACAACUUCAUGAUUUUGCAGAUAUUGUUCUCUUCACCGCUGGCCUUGAAGGUUAUGCUAGACCACUUGUUGAUAAAAUAGAUGUGGAAAAGCGAUUCAGCCUUUGUCUUUAUCGAUCGUCAACUGUUAGCACAUAUGCAUUAGAACAUGUGAAGGAUCUGACCUGUUUAUCUAAAGAUCUCUGUCGAGUUGUAAUUGUUGAUAACAAUCCCUUCAGUUUCUUGCUACAACCGCAGAAUGGAAUACCAUGCAUUCCAUUCUCCACUGGACAGCCGCGUGAUGAUCAGCUUUUGGAGGUUAUUCUCCCACUCCUCAAGCAUCUCUCCCUGCAGAAAGAUGUUAGGCCUGUACUUUACAAGAGAUUCCGAAUGCCAGAGUGGUUUCAAAUGCAUGGAAUACCGGCAGCUGGUUUGACAGUGUGAAAGCAAAUAAGUUAUAUUUGGAAUAGCUAUCAUUCUUUGCCAGGCACCUCAAGAGCAGACUUAGCCAGUUGUAUAUUAUAAUUAUGUUCAUAGGUUGCAUUGGGACUCAGAUAUGCUUGGUUCAGGUACCGCAAGCAUAUUUGAGAAUAUAAAUGGGCCGCCCAUUUUUGAAAAUACACUCCCAUCUUGUAUCAAUUGUUAUAAUUGGUUUCACAAAUUAUUCUAAGAAGCUAUAAUGCCUAUCCCCAUGAGAACAAUGAGACUGGUGUUAU